AUGAGUGGGCAUGUAAAACCAAGAUCCAAAUCUAAACAAAGAAGAAAUGAUCAAAAGUGUUCCCAGGGAAUUGAAACUGUGGUUGCCCAGCAGCUCAGUGAUGAGCAACUGAAACAGAAGGAGGCACCACCUUCGAGUCAGGAUAUUAUACCUGAUCAAGGGAAGGAAGCUGAAGGAGGACCUGUGGCUCAAGAGCCUGAUGUGGAAGUUGAUCUCUGGGAGCUGGCUGAGCCAAAGACUUGGGAUGAAGGGCAAUCACAGGUUUAA